AUGGCAGUCCAACACGGAAAUCAAAUAAACCAUGGUUGGUUUUGGUCGACUUACCUUACAGUAUACGGGCUAGUAAGGUUGAUACUGUACUUUGGCAGAGGAUUAUAUCAUUAUCCAGCUAUUACUAAAAAAGCCCUUAUAAAAUUAAUGGAUGAAAUGUUAUCUGAGGCAAGCAGCAAUACUGAGCAAGGUGAUCGAGUGCAAUUUAUUACAGUCUAUAUUCUAGAGGCGCAUGCAUCUGAUGGUUGGGCAAUGCCGUCAGUCAAUUCAGGUCUCGAUACUUGCUUAUUACAACCGAAAAAAACGGGAGCAAGGAUACAAAUUGCUAAAGAAUUCGUUGAUCGUUUCGAUUACAAAUUGCCAUUUUUUGUCGAUACUAUGGAAGGUGAUACCAUGAAGGCCUAUGGCGCUCAACCUGAAAGAUUGUAUGUGGUUAAAGAUGGGAAAAUUGCUUAUGAAGGUGGACCAGGUCCAUUCUGCUAUAGUAUAGACGAUUUAGAACAAUUUUUAGAGAAGUUGAUCGCCAACAAGUAA